UCUCCUUCGAGUGCAGCACCGUUCCGUACGCUUUCUUUUGAAGUACGCCGCACUUCUUGUUCGGGUACCGCGCCGUGCCACCUACUUGGCCUUCCCUCAAACAUCCAUCGGUUUUAAUUAGAAGCGAAUCGCUUUGAGGUCGCUCUUUUCGCGCCGUGGACAAGAUGCCGCUGUCGACAGCGGAACUGAAGGAGUGCGCAAAAGGACUGAGCAAGGCGGUCAAUGAAUCUCAGUGGAGGGAUGUCGAAGCACUGCUCAAGAAGCUCAGGGAUCAGGCAGAGCCGACGGAGGAAUUGAUUCGGUCCACGAAGCUUGGGAAGACGAUAGGUCCACUACGAAAAUCCAACGAUGCGGCGAUCGCAGAUUUGGCCAAGACCAUCGUGAAGAAGUGGAAAGCCGUCGUGGGUGCAGAGAAAGGCUCAACGGGCAAGCCGGACGCGAGGAAAGGCAUUCAUGCCGCCGAGGAAUCAGCAUCACCAGCAAGCAAAGGUGGGAGUGCGCCAGCACCAGCAGCCGCCUCGCCAGCAGCGUCCAGUUCUCCAGCUCCAAGCGCCGUCAAGAAGGAUUCCACAGACACAACGAGUGGAUCCGGGCCCACGAGGGAUAGCGCCACCCCAUCCAAGCCCGCACAGCCGAUAAACUUCGAGUGCCUGCAAGACAAGGUGAGGAAUGCAUGUCUCAAGCUUCUACACCAGAGUCUCGAGGCAGAUUACAGAGGAGACAAAUCUUUGGUGUUUGAAGCCGCACUAGCAGUCGAACGCUCAUGCUACACUGUCAUCGGGAAGAGUUCCACAUGCAACGAGUACAAGUCCAAGGUACGAUCUCUCUCUCUCAACCUAAAGGACAAGAACAACCCGGAGCUGCGGAAAAGUGUUGUAGAUGGGCGCAUUUUGCCGGACGAUCUCGUUAAGAUGUCUGUGGAGGACAUGGCGAGCGACGCGCGGAGGCAAGAACGACAACGACUUAUGAUUCAGAACUUGUUCAACGCCAGAGCAGCGGAGGAGCAACAGGCAGAAACCGACGCGUUCGAGUGCUCAAGAUGCAGGCAACGCAAGACCAGAUACUACCAAAAGCAGACGAGGAGCGCGGAUGAACCGAUGACAGUCUUCGUCACUUGCGUCAAUUGUAACUACAGGUGGAAGUUCUCAUAGAUCAUUCAGUGACCAUCCAUCAGCAAGCAUAGAGCCCUCUUGGUUUCAUUUUCACUAUUCUCACUUUUUUCUCACCCUUGUAUUUUCGGUCGAUUGUUGUAUUCUACCCGCAUCGACAACUCUGUCGAGGUGACAUUGCUGUCCGGCCGUAUAUAUAGCGACCAUCUAGUAUUAAAAAAAA